UUUUUUCACUUUCUCUUUCUCCCUUUUCCAAUUUACUCUAUCUCUUUCUCCCCUAUAACAGGUAUCCCCUGUUAUCUGUACCUACGCCUUCUUAAAUCACGAAACAGUUCUAAGUUGUGAAUAACAGGGAAUGUUUAGGGUAGUGUCUAGUAUCCUGGGACCACUUUAACUUCAGAUCCUUUCCACCACGUCUAAUCAAUUUCUUACAAACUUUCAGAUUCAGGACAAUCUGGGGAUAUCAGUUAAACUGGAUACCUGGAGCUAACAGUGAACCUACAGCUAAAUUGAACCUGGAGCUAAAAGUGAACUUGGAUAUGAGUUAAAUUUGAACACAACUUAUCAUUUUUGUUAUUAUAUUUGGAUCAGUUGCUACAAGUUAUAAGACCUAUUAAAAAACUAGUAAACCUAACAAAACAAAAACUAGAAAAUACCGAUCCAAAAUUUAAAAACAUGGAUACAAUUCUGUAAAACUGAAAACAAACCAGUAAACUUUGAUAAAGAUUAUAGAUACCGGGAUACAAGAUACUUGAUAUGUGAGAAACGUUGAAAUCAUGAAAGACUUUAAGUAAGAAACUAAAGACACGUUAAUUAGCAAAAACCUGAAUGCGAGCCUGUCAGCUACCUUAUAUGGGAGAUUUCCGGAGCAGAGUUUAGAAUAGAAAGGAUUCCGUCCUGGAAAGGUUUAGGUUGAGCUUAGUGUCCAGUAUGAAGAGUUUAGGUUUUCUUCUCCUUCUUCUCUCUCUUCUACAAUAUGCUGGAUCUGUUCCGCAUGAGAGCCUGGAAGAAGGUGAGAAUCCUUGCGUUCACGCACCCUGUGCACACGGAGUAUGCGUUCAAAAUACAGAUGUGCAAUCAGGAUACAGAUGCUAUUGUGAGGAUGGAUAUACUGGAUACAACUGUGAGACGGACUGGGAUGAAUGUUGGAACCAACCUUGUCUUAACGGAGGAGUUUGUGCAGAUGGUAUUGCUUUCUUCAACUGCGCAUGUCCCGAAGGAUUUAACGGUACUCGAUGUGAGAUAAAUAUAGAUGAUUGUUUGUCUGAUCCAUGUUUUAACAAUGGUACAUGCAUAGACCAGAUAGAUGGAUACAGGUGUGAGUGUGAAGCUGGAUUUCGUGGAGUAGAUUGUGAAGUUGAUAUUCAAGUCUGUAAUAUUACAUCAGAAACAGGAGAAAACAGGUGUUCUAAUGGUGGGGAGUGUAUUGAUGGUCUUGGAGAACAGUUUACUUGUAACUGUACUCAUGGCUGGACAGGAGAUACCUGCCAGGAUAAUGUUGAUGAAUGUCAGGAUAAUCCAUGUUUGAAUGGUGGCCACUGUAUAGACAAAAUAGGAGAUUUCCAGUGUUCCUGUCCCCUCUUCUAUGCAGGCCGGGUGUGUGAAGAGAAACUGGAGCAGUGUGAGGACUCGCCAUGUUUAAAUGGCGCGCUUUGUCUAAUCGAAGACGACAGUUUCCGGUGCUACUGUGUUCCGGAUUACCACGGCAAGCGUUGUCAGCACAAGUACAAUGAAUGCCAGCUGCCACCAGGUCCAAAGUGUGUGCAUGGUGGAGAAUGUGAAGAUGAUGUGAACGGAUUCUCCUGCUCUUGUCUAGAUGGAUAUUCAGGACAAUACUGCCAGUGUAUCCAGGAAGAAGAGAGAUGCAUUGAUCCUAAUAUUACAUUGUCUUGGACUAUACCAUCCGAUUUUACCAUGGAAACAGAGGAUGUUUAUUGGACCUCUAAAUCUGGACUCAGGGAUGAAGCUGAUUCUACAACAGAAUCUUCAACAUCAGACGAUACAGAAGACUUCAUCAAUAAAACUAUUGUUGCCCACACUGUAGUUACUGUUGCAUACGAUGAUAUGACUGAAAUAUCUGGUCUAGAAGUUACUCCAACUGAAGAAUAUGAAAUAACCAGCACUUCAACUGUUUCUGCUGCUAAUACAAGUGUUGACUACUGGGAGGAGGAGCUGGGUAUAGAAGAACCUGGAGAUAUGACAACCCUGUAUCCUGGAGAACCUGGAGAACCUGGAGAUAUGACAACCCUAUAUCCUGGAGAAGGUUCUGACGAUCUAGAGAAGAUGUACUCCACCCCAGAAUUAGAACUGGACAGAACUGGCAGUGAGGGGGUUCAGACAAGUUCAGAUAAUUUUACUGAUUCUAUGUAUGGUGGAACCUCAACAAAAGGAUCAACUGAUUCUACAUUUUCUACAGAUCCUACAGAUCCUAUUGAUCUUACAGUUUCAACUGAUCCUACAGGUUCUGCUAGUACUACAACCCCUACUGAUCCAUCAGCUUUUAGUGAUCCUACAGCUUCUACUCAUUCUACCGGUUUAACAGACUAUACUUCCACUCAUCUUAUGAAAUCUACAGAUCCUGCAUGGUCUUCAGAUCCUACAAAUUCUACUUAUGAUGCCUUGGCUACAGAUGAUCCUACAGCUUCUACUGAUCCUACUGGUACAACUGGUCAUACCGCUGUGACUGAUCCAAGGGCUAUAACUGAUCCUACGACUUCCACUGAUAAUAUGGCUUCUACUAAUCCUACGACUUCUACUGAUCCUACCACUGAGACUGAUUCUACGGCUUCUUCUGAUCCUACAGCUACAACUGAUCCUACCUCUCCAACCAAUCCUACAGCUUCAACUGAUCUUACAGCUGCAACUGAUGCGACGGCUUAUACUGAUCCUACGCCAUCUACGGGCUCCACAACUUUAGGUGAUAUGAAUCGAACAAUAGAUCCAUCUGAAAGCAUUGAUACUACUGAUGUAACUCAGGAUGUUACUGAGCUCAUGGAUUCAACAACAGAUAUUACUAAAAAUGUUACAGAGCUAUUAAAUUUACCUGAAGACAACCUUGAAACUGCUACCAGAGAAUCUAUCCAUCAUGAACCUGGAGAUCAACAUGAAACUGUACCAGCAACAGAACAUAGAGCAGAACAUGAAGAUGAUCUUGCUCCUAAGAUGCAUCUGACCACCCUAGCUCCUAAAGAACCUGGAGCAACAGCAAUAUAUCCGUCCCAACAUACAUCUUGUACACAAAACAUUUGCAGAAAUGGAGGAACUUGUUUAUGGAGUAUAGAUGGAUUCCAGUGCCAUUGUAAACUACAGUUCUCAGGAAGAUAUUGUCAAUCUAGGAUUCAAGUCAGUACUCCAGGAUUUUUGGGACACUCCUACCUGGUUCACGAGACAGGACUGGAAGACAACUCUACUCUUGAACUGGGGUUUAGGACUCAAAUUGGAUUCCGAACUACCUAUUCAACAGGGGUUCUCUUCUACACAGGGGAGCAAGGAGGUCUCUUGAUAACCUCGUUUUUAGAGGAUGGUAUUCUUAACUUUCAGGUGAGCUGUGGACACCAGCUGAUUACAUUCUCGGAUCCUAAACAUAGAGUCAACACAGGAUAUGAGCAGACCUUGGAAGUAGUUGUUACUUUUCAGGGAGAGAAGGGUCUGGAUAGAACCUGUAUAACUGAAAUCCAUCUGAAUGGAACCCACGCCAUGAAAGGGGAGCAGGAGGUCCUGCAUCCGCCUCAUCUGCCCCAGUACAUAUAUAUCGGCGGAGCUCCGGCGGAUAUCCUGCAGGACCCGGGGGCGGAUAUUCUGAUUCCGAAGGUUGGUCUGCAGGGCUGUGUCAAGCAUUUUCUACUUCAGGAGAGAGAAGUUGAACUCUUCUCAGGAGCUGUUAGCGGACAGGAUAUUGUUGAAUGUGAGAGUGCUGCAUGUUCCAGCAAACCUUGUCAGAACAAUGGGAUUUGUAACCAACAUCCUUCAGGGGCAUCAUGGUUCUGUGAAUGUACUGCAGGAUUUACUGGUCAGCUGUGUGAAAGAACAAUCUGUAAUGCCAACCCAUGUCUUCAUGGUGGAACUUGUCUGGGAAAACCAAAGGGAGAAGGUUUUGUCUGUCUCUGCCCUUUUGGAAGGCGGGGAGGUAUAUGUGAGGAGGAGGUGGAGGUAAAUCAACCUUCCUUUACUAGCUGGGUUCUGGGUCAUUCAUCCUUCCUAACUUAUCAGGCUCCUACUGGAGUAGAACCUGGUGUAGAGUUCAAGUUCCAUUUUACCAGCGGGCUGGUCAACCAGGUUGCUCUUCUCCUCUUCAUGGGUCAGCUUGGGACACGCAGGCAGGGGUCAGACUACCUAGCUGUCAGCUUUAUCAAGGGGCAUGUGUUAUUAACCUGGGAUUUAGGAGCUGGACCUAGAAGAAUAUUUACCAAGGAGCCCGUAGAUCCAAGGAUUCAUGUACACACUGUACAUGCAGGCAGAUGGGGCAGGCUCGGCUGGCUUAAGGUUGAUCACUACAGGAAUCUGACCGGCCUAGCUCCAGGAAAACUCUCUACCUUGAACGUGAACGGAGAGUUCUAUAUUGGAGGUCAUGAGAGUUUUAACUUUACAGGUUUACCUCAUGAUUUCCCUGUACACACUGGCUUUACAGGAUGCAUAUUCGAUCUAGUUGUACGGAACGACGAGGAUGAUUUAAUAGUUCCUGUUCCUGUCCGAGGAAGGAACGUGCAGCAGUGUCAGGAACGGAUCUGUGACAGACGACCAUGUUCCAAUGGAUUUUGCUUGGAUUAUGGAGCCUCAUACUCGUGCCAAUGUCCAGAUGGAACAACAGGACCUUCUUGUGAUCAUAACCAUAACAUCUGCAGUGGUCAGAGACAUCAAUGCCAGGAGGGGUCAACCUGUACACCAGUACAUUCAGGAGCUGGUUACCAAUGUGUCUGCCCCCUGGGAAGAACAGGAGAACACUGUGAGGAGAAUAUUGAGAUCUCAGAUGCAAAGUUUACAGGAUCAAGCUCAUACAUGGCACUAAACCUACUCACCAGUGUAAGGUUCCGAACUGAACUGAGGUUUGAGCUGAAGGUUGACCGGGCUGAUGGGUUGCUGGUAUACCUGGGUCAAUCCUCAAACCAGUUUGGAGAUUUCCUCUCAGUUCUUCUGAUAAACCAAACCCUAGUAUUCAGCUUUAGCUUAGGGGCAGAGGAUAAGGUGGUAACCCUGAAAAGUAAGGAAAGGCUAAACCUCGGGGACUGGACAAAUAUCAGGGUUGGAAGAAGGGGUGAGGAGGGAUAUCUUCAAAUUCAAAACCAGGAUGAAGUGAGAGGGGUGAAUGGGGCAGGGUUGCAUACUCUAGAUGUUGACAAUAUUAUAUACAUAGGUGGAUUACCAGACAUGUCUACCGUCUCAGAAUCUAACGGAGCAUUGGUGCGCUUUGCAGGAUGCAUCAGGAACUUGAAUGUGAAUGAGAGGUUGUAUGAGCUGAAGGCUGGACUAGGACGGGUUGGAGCGAAUAUCCAGGAUUGUGAUGGAACUGUGUGCGGGGGGGAGGUGUGUGGAGAGAAAGGUUUAUGCUUCCUGGAGAAGUCAGGGGUUGGAUACUCAUGUAAUUGUACAGAACCGUACACAGGAAGACAUUGCGAAGUUCAUUCAAUGUGUAGUACAUCACGUUGUAAACAAGGACACUGCAGGGUAUCUGAAGAGCUUGUCAUGUGUGACUGUCCCCUGGGACAUACUGGAGACAACUGUGAGAAAACAGCUGAUAUCAGUACACCACAGUUUGGUGGAGAUCCAUUUAAUAGUUAUAUUCAAUUCCAGCUUCCAGACCACAAUUCAGUCAGCUUGAAUACAGAGUUGGAGCUGGAAAUAAGAACUGACUCUGAUAACGCACUCUUGGUUUGGUUUGGAGCAGAGACCGGAGAUCUUAACUUGGUGGGAGGACGGAGGAAGGAGGGAAAAGAGAAGAGGAUGAAAGAAGAACAUGGUAAAGUACAGGAACAGGGGAAUCAGGAUUAUCUUGGACUGGGAAUAGAAGAUGGACUUCUAAAGGUGGUUUGGAACCUGGGUUGGUUUUCAAGAUCUGAACUCCUAGUUCCUGAAUUCAAUAUUUCGGAUGGAAACUGGCAUCAUCUUCAUCUUAUCAGAGAGGAACAGUCCCUUAAACUAAUGAUUGAGAAAGAAGAAGAAUAUGAGUCCACUGUACCAGGGACAUACUAUCAGCUCAAUACAGGAUCCUCUGUAUUAUUUGGAUCCUCUGUAGAGGUGAAGGGGGUAGAGGAUCUAACAAGAGGACAUUUUAGGGCGAGCUAUAAAGGAUGUAUGAGAAAUAUUAAAAUUCAGGGCUUGAAGGUUGAUACAUCGGACCAGGAUAGAUUGACCGGAAACAAUAUUGCCCAGUGUACGUGACCGAGCCAGCUCAUCUGGAUUAGACCAAUUGCCAACCCUAAACAUGGAUCCAUUAAAUCCUUCCUCGCUCCCUCGCAACAGGGAAAUAAAAAAACUAAUAGCGAAAUAAACUUUAAUUAUGAAUCUUAAAUUUUAACAAAAUAAUAAUAGCUUUAGCUAGUUAAUUUAAUGGAUAAUCUUAACAUAACAUAUGUCAAACUGUGCUAUUAUAAGAAUUAUUACCUAUUCGCCAAACAGUAUUGAAAUAUUCUUAGCAUUGUAGAAAAAUACGCUCAGAAUUGCAAUAAAAUUCUUUAAUCUUU